AUGAAUAAUGCGGUCUGGGUCGCAUGGCGGGCUCCAUGCCUAGGCCUCCGCGCCGUGCUAACAUUCCGCCCUGCAAUUCACGAUCUCCGCAUUAAUCCAUGGCGCAUGUACAGCACCACGCGCUCAUUCGGACUUCUCUUGAACCCUCGCCCCGUAUCCAAAUUACCAUCUCAAUCGUCUUGCUCCCCAAUCUCCGCCUCCGUCUCCCGCCGCUUUAAGCGCACGACCGCCAAAUCAAGAUCCAACCCGACAGCGGAAGUCCUUCCCCGCGUCCCCGAUGCCGAAAUCAAAACCAUAUUCGGGUCCUCCGGUGUCAACACAAAGCUCGGCAAUCGCAUCUUGAACACGCUACACAGCCACCGCCUAACUGGUACCCUGGAUGCGGAAUUACCGAGCGAUAUCGUCCGAGCCGUUAGCCAGCAGCAAAUCGAUGCGGCCAUGGACUGGCUUCGGAACAAAUAUCACGUUGAUGAAGAUGCUGCAAUUCUCGCUCGGAUUGAGCGCGAAGACCGCGCCGAGGAAGAGAAGCUUGUACGUCGGGCUGAAAGGCUCGGCUUAUACAAACCCCAGAGUGGUUCCUAUGAUGCCGAGCUCGGCGAGGAGGGUUCUCCUUACGGCAAGAGUGUUCUGAAAGAAGCCCGUGAGCAGAAUGAGAAGCGCUUGUUGGCCGAGCAGGAGCGGAAACGUCAGGAAUGGCUUGAUGGCGAGAAAGAGGAGGCGGAACGCUUGAAACGUCAAAUUAAUCAGGAUACUUCCUUGCAGCAGUAUCAGGAAAACGCGCUUACUGAGGCUCGUCCUCGCGCGGAUCCUAUUGAGCGGCCGUAUCUUGCUUGGGUUCAGAAACAUCACAUUGCUGGUACUCAUGAGACUCCUGAGUCUAUUAACAUUACUACAUCCCAACGUCUACUCGCCCCGAUCUUGUUUACCAUUGCGGUUUUGGGUCUUUGCUAUGUUUUCUCCCAGAGAUAUGAAUUCCCCGCGAGAAAAGACCGAUUCAUGCCUGAUGUCCCUCCUGCGGUGGCAACCGUGGGUGCGAUAAUUGGUGCCAACUUGGCUGUCACUCUGCUAUGGAAAUACGUCCCUCCCUCGUGGAGACUUCUCAACCGCUACUUUGUCAUUGUUCCUUUCUAUCCCAGUUCACUUGGAAUGCUUGGAAGCACAUUCAGUCAUCAAACAUGGAGACAUCUCGGAACUAACAUGAUGGUAUUGGCUAUCAUGGGAACUAGAGUGCAUGAUGAAAUCGGCCGUGGAAACUUCCUCGCGAUCUACUUUGCAUCCGGAGCGAUGGGUUCCAUAUUUUCACUGACACGGAGCGUCCUCCUCGGAGCCCUGGGAACGACAUCCCUAGGUGCCAGCGCCGCAACUAGCGGUAUCGUCGCCGCAUGGUGCAUGUCCCAUUUCGACGACAAAAUCACAUUGUGGAUCCUCCCCCAAGAGCUCCGCGACAAGAUUUGGACCCAUGGCGGGUUCUUCCUCGCCUGUCUGGUCGCAACUGAGGUCUUUAGCUUACUAGCCCCAGCACGCCUCUUCCGCGUUUGGCCACUUUCCCGACUUACUAAAAUGGACCAUGCUGCCCAUCUAGGUGGGUAUGUCACUGGUGCUGGGUGUGGGUAUAUACUCGCACAGAAGAAAAGAGAGCGCGAGAAGAAGGCGAGGGAAUCAAAGUGGUUCUAG